GAACCAAUAGCGCGCCGACAGGGUGGGUUAUGCUUGAAGCAUUCUCCAGCCAUUUGCCGAGCCGAGACGAGUCCGUUUCAGCGACGAAGCGAUUCGCAGGGCGUGUGGUCUGUGAUACUUACCUAGCAGCGUAACCAUGUCCGACAGAAAGGCGGUGAUCAAAAACGCGGACAUGUCCGAGGAGAUGCAGCAGGACGCCGUGGAGUGCGCGACCCAGGCCCUGGAGAAGUACAACAUCGAGAAGGACAUCGCCGCCUACAUCAAGAAGGAGUUUGAUAAGAAGUAUAACCCCACCUGGCAUUGCAUUGUGGGGAGGAAUUUUGGCAGCUACGUCACCCAUGAGACCAAGCAUUUCAUCUACUUCUACUUGGGUCAGGUGGCCAUUCUGCUGUUCAAGUCGGGCUGAAAUUGCAGCUCAGCAGCAAAGCCCUGAAGUUUAACUGACUGGGAAAGACUGACAAGAAAAGACCUUUUUGGUUACAGGGACCUGCAUUUUUUCUGUGCUGCUUCUGUUAGAAAUGGCCAUGUAAAGACUUGUAUUUAUUUUCUAUAUAGCAGAAUGUUGUCCUCAAAAUAAAUUUUUUACUUAA